ACAGCAGGAACUGAACCUCGAUGGAACCUUAAAAAAAAAUCUUUAAUGAUAUGCACAAACCCGAAGACGACUUCGAAACGUGAAAUGCGUCACAGGGUCUCCGCAAGGCGUAGUCGAUUUCUGCUGCCAAGGUAUGAGGAAGGUAUAUAAAGGUCAACCAGUUAAAGCAUGGCACAGUGUACGGCCGACUGCCAGCACGCCCAGGCACCCGGACGAAGCGUAAAGAAAACAGCAUGCGCGUGGGCACCCUGACCCUGGCGUUGGUGGCAGCGUGCUCCGCCUGGCCGACUUUCCCGCACAAGGAGAAGCUGCCACACCCCGCGCCCGGCUUCUCCUUCCACUCCAACUCCACCUCGUCCAACUCCUCCUCGUCCUCCAACCAGAACUCCGCCUCGGGCAACUACACCUCCACCGGCAACGGCUUCAGCUUCAGUCACUCUUCCUCCAACUCGUCCUCUUCCUCGGCGGACCACUCGUCUUCCUCGUCCUUCUCCGGGUUUUUCUCUGGAGAUAAUUCCAAGGGCGGGGCCGCUUUCUUUGGAAACAGCGGAAGCAAAUUCCCCUUCGAUUUUCACGCCGGAGGCCAAGCGCCCUCCUUUGAUUUCCACUCGCUCUUCGCCGGGGGUCGCGUGCCCGUCCCCGGCGCUCAGGGAUCCUCUGUCGGAAACGAGGGAGCGUCGUCUAGCACGCAGCUCUCUCCUGCCAACAGCCAAGGGUCUCUCUCACACGCACAUGGAAGCCCAGGGUCUCAGUCCACUUCUGGUGUUUCUUCUGCCGGUAUUAGACCCGAUGGCUCUGGGGCUCCGGUAAACAAACAAGAUUCUCCACCAUUCACCGCCACCACGACUAACCUACAUACGGUUACUCCAUCAAGUGUUGGUGUCCAUUUUACCACUGAUAACCCUGUGUCGAGUGCAACUGAGUCCACUGUGUAUUUUCAGUCCACAACCUUUGCUCCAGAAGAUAGUACUCACAAGUCAUUUUCUCAUCAUCAUUUUGAAGACGAGACCGAUGUGAAAUCUACCAACUUUGCUUCCGGCCAAACACCACAACAACUGGACACACCGCCCGGCCCAAAAAUAUCAACAGCUGGUGCUCAUGGAUUACUUUCUGGUCAGGACACAUUACCAGCAAAUACUCAAGAAUUGCAAAGUAACAACGAUUUUGGUUUUGCGUCGUUUCAUUUCCAGACGAGCACUGUGAGUUUUCAGCCUGAUACUCAGGAGGCUGUCACUCCUGUCACUCCUAGUGAUCUCGAUUUACCUUUAGAUGGAUUUCAGAGGGAUUAUUUUGAUCACUCUGUUGGGACACAGGAUUCCUCUGUUCAACUUGAAGCUGAACCACAGAGACACCAUAAUGACAAACACGGCUUGAAUGAUGCUCAACAGUCCCAAGAUUCCCUUUCCAGGACUGAAGGUAUAGAAUAUGAUUUCCAGUCAACCCAAGACACUUCAUCAACUGGCUUACAGCAACCGUCAUUCGAUUAUCAAAGUGAGACUGAAGAUUCAGGUGCUAUUACUACAGACUUUUUGAAUUUUCAGCAAGCAAAUAAGGCUCAGACACCUGAAUUUCUGCUAAAAACUGAUGUUUUUGAUGCCGGAAACCAGGAAACUUCAUUCGGACUCCAACACACCACUCAAGCUUCUAGCUUUGGCUUCCCAACCAACACAAAUACUUUUGCAAGUGCCACCGAUGGAUCUGCAGCAGGCACAGGCAGUUCCAAUUCAAACAUUGGAUCAUCAAGUGAAUAUGAAAGUGCCACUAACAGUUUCUUCUCUAGCACUCAAGCACCAAUCUCAAGUGACGUACCAGCUUCACCAUCUGCUUCCCAGUUUGAUUGUUAUCAUAAUGAUGACUCCACUACGUUCUUGUCUACUUCCCCUAUAGUAACAAAGCCAGCAUUCCCACCUUUUCCUUCAUCUGCUGGCAAUCUUCCUGCACCAGAAAGUCAAUUGCCAUCAACUGAAUUUAAGUUAGGAACAAGCGAUUCUUCAGUGCAGGCCGAAGUACCCUCUUCUGGUGUUCAAUCUGAUUUUUCAUUGAGUGAUUCAGAGACAUCAGCACCUGAAUUCCAGUUUAAUGCUGGCUUCUCUAGUAAUCAAAACUAUGAUACCCAGGAAUCUUCCUACAGUGAACAACCUAACACACAUUCUGGGAUCUCUGAUGCUUCUGUUAAUAUACAUGCAUUAAAAUCAGGCACCCAUGGCACAAGAGAAUUGGCGUCAGGUUCUGAUUUCGUGUCAGAUACCUCUUCCAGUGUUCAAAUUGGAGACGAGCAAAGUAGUAUUCACAACUCUCCUGUGGAAACGCUGGGAUCCUUUGGCCUCCAUUCUGCUGCUCUCGGUCCUUCUAUUACUACUGAGGAUCAGAGUUUCCAGACUGACCUCCCAGGUGCCAGUACUGAUUACGACACACAAGAAGCAGCACUUGGCAUCCACCAGGGUACCUUUACUUCUGUUUCUGAUGUGCAGGAACAUUCUGGUGAUUUCAACCUUAGAGUCGACGAUAUUCUUCCAAAUUCGCUAGAUUCAAGCCAGGGCCAUCGCGGUGACACCCAUGGUUCUGCUACUGGAGGGCAACAUUUAGCCCAUGAUUUGCAACAUGGCAGAGAAGAAUCACAGUCUGGACACAAUUAUGAAACUCAUGGUCCUAGUACAACAGAACCAUCCUUUGGACUUCCAUUAGAUAUUACAACUUCUGCGACAUCGGAUUCAAAUCAGAGUAAUGUCAACAGAGUAACUUUGGGAACUGGAGAAUUCCACGAAGACACUGAAAGAGAUUCAGCCACUGCAAAUCAUGGUUUAUCAUCUGGCAACAACCGUGGGUUAAUCAUUGAUAACCAAGAUCCAGCCACCGGUAUUCAUAGUACAGCUUUUAUCAAGUUUGGUUCAUCAGUCGAUGAUGACUAUGACUUACUUGUUGACAGUCAAGAUUUAACUACAGGAGUCCAAGGAGCAGCUACACCUUUUGACUUUUUAUCUACUGAUUCGCAAAAUUUUGAUGUGAAUGAUCAUGACUCACUUACGAAUGACCAAUUCUCUUCUGUUAACAUUCAUGCUCUAGAUAGCCAUGGAACCGAAUCAAAUAACCCACUUCUGCCAACAGACAGCUAUACAGACGACAAAGAUCUAUUUUCACCUACUGUUGACCAUGAUUCUGACCAAACUUCGUCAGCCGACCAUUUUCUGUCAGCAAGCAACCAAUUUUCCACAGACGAAAGUCAAUUAUCGUCUGACAACAUUAACUCGGACACAGUUAACCAAUUUUCGACUGGAGACAACCAGUUUUUGUCAACAGGAAGUCAGUUUUCUUCCGCUUCCAACCAGUUUUCAUCAGAUGACUAUGAUUCACCUGUAGACAGCCAGUUUUCAUCCUCUGCCGAUUAUGAUGGCCCAGCUUUAGACAACGAAUUUUCGUCGACAGGACACCAGUUAUCAUCCACAACUAAUCAAUUUUCUUCCUUUGACAACCAUGAAGUAGACAAUCAAUUCUCAUCGGACUCAACUGCAGACAACCAAUUUUUGUCAUCGGUCAACCAGUUCUCAUCAACAGACGAUGAAUACUCUUCAUCUGAUGAUUAUGACAACCAGUCUUCCUCUACACCCAAUCCGUUUUCUCAGUCUAGCAACUUUGACUCAACGAACACACAAUUCACAUCGAUUAAUAGUCGAGUCCUUGGCAGCACCGACUCAGCAGCAGAAAACCAAUCCUCGUCCUUCGACAGAUACGACUCAACCACAGACGGCCAGCUCAAGUCCGACUCGAGCAUCCAGUUUUCAUCCUCAGCCAACCGCAACGCAGCCACAGGCAACCCGUCCUCCUCCAGCGGCAGCCAUGACUCCCAGGCCGGCGCCCACUUCUCGGCGUCCGGCUCCCAGGGAUCCCUCUUCGCCUUCUCCUCGAGCGGCCGAGCUUCCGGGUCGUCCUCGGGUUACGCGUCCCACGGGGUCAAGAGGCCCUCCUCGCUCGGCCAGAGGUCCGGGUCCGGCAUGGUCGGGUCUUCCGGCCUGACGGGGUUCAUCGUCCACCUCACCGGCAAAGGGGCAGUCCACGCCGGUUCCUGCCCGACCCUGAGGAAGGACUGCGCCGCCAGCAGGAGUGCCCCGAAGACGUGCCUCAACGACUCCUCCUGCGGGCCGUCGGAGAGGUGCUGCUUCGACACGUGCAGCGCCGCCCUCUGGGUGUGCACGCCCUCCGUGCUCCCGGCGUGAGGAGGGUGGGAGGCAGACGUCAUUUUCGAAAAUCAUUCUCUUCCUUGGAAACAAUUUUAGGCAGGCUGUCUGGAAAUGGGGUUUGAGGAUUUAUAGGGGAUGAUCUUGGGAAUUUUUUUUUCUGAGGGUGAAUUAAAGGUUUGCAGCUUAA